GUUUGUUUUUAUGUUUAGUUACAAUGAAAACAGUAAUCUGAAGGCUUACUCUCUACUUCCGUAGAGUACAAAUUUAUUAUUCUUAAAUAAGAGAGUCCGACGAUGGCUUAAGCGGGCCGAAACUUCGAAGUCAUUGUCAAUAAUAUUCUUAUUUAAGAAUAAUAUAGAUGUGUGUGUGUGAAUGUGUUAGAGAGAGGGAGAGUGAGUGAGAGUGUGUGUGUGAGAGAGAGAGUGUGUGUGUGUGUGUGUAUGUGUGUGUGUGUGUGUGUGUGCAGAAAAAGGAGAAAAAAAUCGUGCAUAUACACAUGCAUUUAACUGGAGAUUCAGAAACGAGCUACAACAUCACCAUCGAGUUUUGUUUUAUUUUAUUCUAAAAUAUAAUUCUGCAGAAUGACACGUAUUUAACGCACAUAAAAAUACACGGAUAUGUUGAGAAGCACGCACAUAAUGGUACAUAUAUAGAAGAUAUAUAUAUAUAAAGAGAGAAACAGAGAGAUGAAGAUACAUAUGCACACACAUCAUUCGCAUACUGACGAAUUCUCAUCAUAGAGGCGUAGAUACGAAUGCACAGAGCGAAAGACAGACACAUUCGUUUGUAUAUACGACUACACGAUUUUUUUUACGAGACCAAUAGCUGUCAUCUGUAAUUUCGGAUUUUGCUACAACGCAAACGACUUAUAAACGAAUAAUUAUAUAAACCAACGAAGCGAAAAACAAUACCAGCAGCUAGAGAGAGAGAGCAACGGCAGCAGCAUUAGUUGUAGCAGUACUAGCAUUGGUAAUAGUUGCAGCAGCAGCAGUAGUAGUAGUAAUAGUAGAAAUAGUGGAAAUAGUAGCAGUAGUAGUAGUAGUAGUAGUAGUGGCAGUAGCAAUAACAACAAUUACAACCACAAUCUCAUCUUCUCAGAAUCAACAACAUUUAACGAUGUCAACAAUAUUUGUAACAGUUCCGUGUAACAACAACAACAACAACAACAACAACAACGGCAAUUCUUGCAGAGCAAACGGCUCGGAAAUGGAACGAAGAAAUCAUGUGAAGAAUAUAUGUUGAUAUGUUUGCCAUUCUGUCUCAUUUCAACAAACGUUUACCGAUGGGAAAAUCAAACCGAAGAUUGACAUCGUAAAAAAAAAAAAAAAUUUUUUAAAUUAAAAAAAAGAACAAGAAAAAAAGAAAAAGAAAAAAGCUAGCAACAACAACAACAACAACAACAAAAACAAAAUGAAAACAAAAUGUCCUCGCACAUAUAAUGUCUGAAGUGUUCCUUUUACAAUUUUUGCCUUGAUAAUAUAUUUUCUUCUUAUCUUCUGCCUUUUUUUUGUUCAUAUUCAUAGUUACUAGAUUUAAGAGUGAAGUUAUUUCUCUUCAUCACCUCUACUCUCUCCUCCUCCUCUUCCUCCUCCUCGCCACUACUACUACUACUUGUUGUUGUUGCUGCUGCUGCUGCGCGAUGGUGUCUUCUGGAUUUUAAUGUAAAGCAUACACGCACGCACGCACAUACACACACGCGCACACGCGCGGCGGUACGCACACAGGCGAGAGCAUUCACACAUUUUCACACAAACCUUGCCGUGUAACACACACACACAUAUACAAUCACUGUUGGAUUAAACGAGAACUGAGAACUGAUAUUGCUAGACACAAGCGUUGGCUCUCGAUGGACCAGCCGACACCCAGGACUAAAAAUAAGAAUGACAAAACACAAAGGUUAUCGUUGUUGCUUUACCCUUUAUUUUACAUCUUCAAAUCGCACAUUCGAUGAUUUCAACCUUUAUUUAGACACAUUGAUUACAGAACAAAACAACCCCACGUUUCACAGUUAGGGGUGAAUGGCUUUCAAAUAGAUUUACUAUCACAUACGCUUGCUCGUUUACAUUCUCCAUUCUAUCUAACACGCUUUUUUUCUGCAUUUCUCCCUUACUCCAUUUCUUCCUUCAUCGCUUUCAGUCAAUCAGUCAAUCAAUAUAUAUUUACCUAUCAAUCAAUCAGUCAAUCAAUCUAUCUCGCUUUCCUUUCCUUUUCUUUCUUUCUUUCUUUCUUUCUGCCUCUGUGUCCUUCCUCUCCGCCGUCUCUCCCAUUCACACGCUGUUUUCUACUCACAAAUGCGUGUGUGCAUCACACAUUUGCAACCGUCACAUGUGUUGUAGCUUAAUAUAUGUAGACUCUUACGUAUGUACAGCAUUUUUGUGAGAACGCAUGGAUGCAUGUCUCCGUGCCAGUGCACACGUCUGUCUUAUAAGACGAUCUCGCGGGCAGAUCGAAACCGAAACCAAUGCAUCGCCAGACUGUGGCACACAGCAACGGUAAGACGGUAGCAGCAGUUUGUCCCACAGACAAAUGUGUCGUUUGCGGUAUGGAAAGCACAGAACGACCCCACAGCGGACACGAAACCUGUGCUCGUAUGCCACCGCAUCCACCACCAUCACCCCAACCACCAUUGACGGCAGCAGCGACGAUGACGACGACGACGACGACGACGACGGCGACGGCGGCGCCGACGGUAGCGGUGACAGCAGCGGCAGCGGCGGUGACGAUGGCAAUUACAUCUCUGAGCAAAGAUGCCGCCGGUGGCACGGUCGUUGCCGCGAUGUCUCCACCGCCUGGCAAGUAUCAUCACCAUCAUCAUCCUCAUCACCACCACCACCACCAUCACCACCACCACCACCAUCAUAACCCCAACAAACUCCAAAUAACAGCACACCAACAGCAACAGCUAACGACUCAGCCGUCACCCACUUCUCAACAACAACAACAGCAACAACAAAUGCAAUUACGUUCGCAGUCUUCAGCUCAGUUAGCUGUGCAAAGUCCCAAGCCACAAGAUCAACAGUCACAGAAUGAGCCUAGCGAGCAAUUUCAACAACAACAACAACAACAACCUUACCAUCACCAUCACCACCACCCAUAUCAUCAACAACAGCAGCAGCAGCAGCAGCAACAACAACAACAUGCUCAAAAACCGGUGCAACAGCAUGAUCAACAAAAGCAACAGCAUGAUCAACAAAAGCAACAGCAACAACAACAACAACAACAACAACAGCAGCAACAACAAACGGUCGCCCGCAAAGACGAGGCAAAGACGCCGGAAAGUCAAGUUGGGAUUAUCUGUAACGACGGCAGCGGAAGCGGGGGGACAACGGAUUCGAGCGGAGGUUGUGGGACCAACGGCGGAAACGGUGGAAGCAACGGGACUGGAACUGGAGGUGUUAGUAUCGGUAUCAUCGGAGGAGGAGGAGGAGGCGGAGGAGGAAUUGGGAUCGGCGGUGGUUCGGUGGGCGAUGGGAGCAGGUCGUGUGCCGGAGAUCCCCGCCAAGUGACAAGAUUUGACUUCGGAGAUUUCUAUCCGGAUGGCGGCUGGGGUUGGGUGGUUGUCGCCGCCGUCACAGUCGUCAACAUCUUAUGCUAUGGCUUUCAUUUGGCAUACGGAAUGUUAUUCAUGGAAGCCAAGAAGAAAUUUGGAAACAGCCAAGAGUUGGCUCGCGUCGGAAGCGCUGGUCUUAGCGUGACGUUGCUCGUAUGCCCCAUUUUCACAGUGAUCUGCCGACGGAAAUCUCCUCGCAUGUGUGCCAUUAUUGGGGGCAUGGUUUCGUCUCUUGGUUGCCUCUUUAUGGCCUUUUCAAACCAAAUGCAGCAUAUGUACAUCAGUCACAGUCUAGUGUUUUCCGUCGGGUGCGGAAUUACGUCUACAACGGCCAAUAUCAUGCUCGGUCGAUAUUUCUGCCGGCGACGAGAAAUUGCUGAAUUGAUAGCCAUGACAGCAAUAGGUGUAGGAGCAACCAUCAUGUCCGUCCUAUUCCGGCUUCUCAUAAGGCAAUUGACAUGGACCCGUGCAUUACAAAGCAUAGCUGGUAUGCAAGUACUGACAAUAUUUGCUGGGUUUCUAUACCGAUCUGCUUCUUUAUAUCAUCCUCGUCGGAAGAUGCUUUUACACAUCAAAAACCAAAUGAAGACCAGACGUGAUCGAGAGGCACAAAAGCCUCCUUAUUUUGACUUCCAAGCAUUACGAAUGCGUGCUCUACUAAUGAUGUUAAUCAUUGUGGCUCUCGUUGGUCUUGGUAUCCACGUUCCAUUUAUAUUACUGCUACUUACUGCAUCCCAACACAACGUUAGCGACCACAAUCUUUUACUGUUGAAUAUCUACCUGUGCACGGGUUUCGUUGCCGGAUGUUUCGGCUUCGGUUAUGUAAUUAUACGUCAAAGUAAAGAGUGUUUAAUCUCGAGGCGUCACCUAUGUCAAACAGCCGCUCUUUCUGCCGGUUUACUCACUGUCCUUCUGCAGUUGGCCGAUCAUCUCACAGUUCAUGCCCUUUAUGCCUGUGGAUAUGGAAUUGCUUGUGGAGGUUACUAUUACAGCCUGAAGAUGUAUAUCUAUCAGUUAGUUAAGGUGAAAAUAAUGGAGCGAGCCUGGGGUUUUACCUGUGCAGCCCAAUCUAUUUCCACUUUGGCUGGAACUUUUACAGCUAUUUAUUUGAAUGAAUCAUACGAGUCUACAUCGGCCGGUUAUAUUUUUGCUGGAUCCGCUAUGAUUCUAGGAGGAUUCUGCAUGUUUUUUAUGCCGAUCUUCGAACGACACCCCAGUAACCAAGAAGUAAUCGACAGUUAUCCGAGUACUGUUAGUCAGAAUGUGUCAGAAGCUGUAGCUUUGUUGGAUAUCGAUGUUGGUGAUGGCAUGAUGGACAAACCACUGGAAAACAUUCAGUAUGUUGUCUGUCCUGUACAUUUAAAAAGCUCCGAAAAAGACGGCAACAAAACACAACUGCAAUGUUUAAUUCAACAGAAAAACAAACAAAAACAAAUAAUACUCUCCAGAAUAAACGAGGAGAAAGAUGGCUUCCAUUUGGACUUGAAACAAUUAUCGCCGGUUUCGGCUAUCACUAAAAUAUCUGAAUUCCUUAACAGCCGCAAAGAAGGAUCAAAAAAGGAUACCAGUAGCAUGUGUGGUGUAUUGCAUGAGAUCGGUUCGGACAGUAUUGUGUCGAAUCGAUCGGAGCGGUCGAGUAAAGACCAAUCACGGCGUAGCAGUGAGAAGAGGUUUAGAAGUAAAGGAUCGGAUGUGGGUAGGGAUGAUGGGAGUGAUCCUCCGAGUGUCGAGAAGGAAUCAACGGCCACUGUGUCAUACGAUAGUGAUCUUUAUGUUAACCUUUGUGAAGCUCAAGUUUAAAACCCACCACCCCACAAUCCCCUCCUAACUCCAAAUAUUCACACCUUAGCCGCCCCAUCCCCCACCGCACCGGAGGUCCUUUCACGCCUACCUGAUUAUUAUUAUUAUUAUUAUUUGUUAUGUGUAACCUGCAGAAAGAAACACAAUCUCGUUUAUUUGGUUUAAUUAAAUAUUUCCUAAUUA